UCUAGUCCACUGCUUUGAGUGGUGCUAGGUACACUGCAUUUGCUGUAUAUUGCUAGUGUAACCAGUACAUGCAGCGAAAAUUAUAUCCACCUGUAUAAAAUAAUGGCGAAAAAACGUACGAAAGAAGGAUCGGCAGAGACCGACACAUCAGCAAAGAAAACAAAAGUAACAGAAGUGGAGUUUAAUGGGACAGUUUUCAAAUCAAUGUUAAAAGAGCCUACCAAAGCAAUGAAAGGUUUGGAAACGUUCAUAUCGAUAGCAAAGCAAUUGCCAUGCCCAGACCUGUACGAUGUUGUCGAAGGAUACAUCAAAAUAUCCAUGGAGUGUGCUGAAAUAUUUAAGCUGCUGGAGGGAGAAAAGCAUUUAGAGAAUGAAAUGAUGCUGGUGUUCCAGAGCCUGGAGAUGAUCCUGCUUCGCACAGCCACAGACCUGUCCCACUUCAGCAUGGUGGGGUCCACUAUUGUGAAGAAAACAGUCACCAGCUACAUGAAACUCCUGCAGUCCUCCCUCCAUUCAGAAAACCACAGAUUUGUCCGCCAGUGUCUCAGCCUCUUGUCAGCCAUGGUGUCUCAGGGCCCGGACACUGCAAGAGAAGUCUUCAGCCACUUCCAGUUCAGCAAGGGUCUGUCGGCAUUGGCCAGGAGGAAGGACAAGAUGGGUAGACCUGAUGUCCGCAUGGCAUAUAUCCAAUUUGCACUUUCUUUUCUGAUCUCUGGGGACCAUGUCACCAUAGGGCAAGUUCUUGAAAUGAAAGAUUUCCUGACAGACAUCCUAAGCACUGGAUUGAAGGAGGACAGGCUUUCUGUGGUCAAUCUCAUUUUAUCAACGCUGCAGACAAAAGUUGUACAGAAUAAGGCCAUCAGUAAGACACAGAAAGUCCGAUUUUUCAGUCCCGCUGUUUUAGCGCAAAUUGCAGCUCUUUACAAGUGGAAUGGAAUUGUGGAUGCGAGUUUGGACGACAGCAAGAUGGCUGAGAAUACAGACGAAGCUGGAAAGAUAGUAGUAAGGGAACUUGCACAUAACUUCCUGCUUGAUUUGUGCUGUUCCCGGAAACAUGGUAUAAGUUUUUAUGAUCCCAGCUUUGGAACAGCUGGCAGGGCAGGGAAUAUAGUCCUGCUGCAGUUCCUGGUGGGGCUGAAGCAGGCCACAGAGGACGAGCUGGUGGCAGAGCUGGUGGUCGCCAUUCUGAAGGUCAGCCCUGACAUGCUGCCCAGAUACUUCAAGGAGACGCAGUACUCCUUCACUCCACGGCUGAAGAGUGCCUGGCAGGACAACGUCAACCUGCUGAGGAAGAUCUAUGGAGCCCAGCCAGAGGUCUCAAAGGCUUUCCAGACCCGAGAGUUUGUCCCACUGCCUCGUUUGCUCUCCAUGGUGAUGGUAACGUCACUACCCCCUGUCUGCAACAAGGCCUUUUUCACACAGGGUCUCAAUAUGGCCAACACGGUGGUACAGCACACAACUCUCUCGCUGGUGUCCUUCAUCUUGAAGAGAGCCCAGAAGAACAUGGAGCACUGCUUGGAUAAAUCUGUGUGGCAAAGCUCUGAGAUCUACUCUCCUGACAUGAUGGAGGACUUUGUGCAGCAGUACCGGGAAGCCCUGAGCAAGAUCCUGCCAGACAUGACCAGCAUUGUGUCGAAGUGGCAGUCACUGACGAAGAAGGGAAAGGGGGAAGACAGCGCAGUCAAGCGGACGGAGGAGGGGAGCUCCCAAGGAAAAUCAUCCGAGCUUUCUGAACAUGGUUCCGAUGACACAGAGACCAUCCUUUUCAAGGCACUGAUUCUCCAGGUCAUGUGUCUGUAUCAGAAGGUGGUCCCACAUCUUGUCAGCCAGAGCACCUUUGACUUCAGCAAGCUUCUGAAAGGAAUUGUGUCAGAGAAGGGAAUUAAAGAGGAGGUUCCUCCUGUCCUCCAGUACCAAAUACUGCAGCUGGCGUUGGACUUACCUGCCAGCAAAUUCUCUUGGUUCAGAGUUCAGGACGUUGUGGAUACAGAGGCAGCAGGUGGGGAGAAGUCAGUGUUCUACCUUCUGCUGAAGAUGUUUGUGAGCAGCAAUAGCAGUCACCUGAAGACCUCCACAAGGAUGUUAGUCCUCAAAGUCCUGAGGGACAGUGGUGUGUUUGAGUACACCUGGCAGGAGCUGGAAUUGUGGCUCAACCAUCUAGCCAGGCUUCUGCCAUCUCAACAGGAAGCAGUCAUCCAGUUCCUGGAAAGGGUACUGGUCAGGCUGGUGUCCAGCCCCUACACGUACACAGAUAAGGCAGCCAGUGUGGUCCAGGAGGCGGCCUACCUGCAGGCCAACCUGAGCGGGCAGGAGGGGGAUGCUGCCAGCAUCCCCAUCUCACACAUCGAUGAUGUGCUAGACAUGGUGGAUGUGAUCAUGGAGGGCAGCGAGGGUGAGAGCGAGGAGCUGGGGCCGUCCCUCAGUGAUGACCUCAUCAUCCAGACCUUCCCAUUCAGUGCGGUGGUGCCUGCUGUGCUGGAGGCCAGGAAUAAACUCCCAGCCUCCGUCAAAGAGGAGAAAGGUGUAGUGUACGAGUACCUGGCUGCAGUCCUGUCUGAUGUGCUUCACUCUCAGAGGGACCCGCUCCCUCUAUGCCUCGCCCUGCAACAGUACGACAAAGAGCUGAGUUCCUGCGAGGACGCUGGCUCUCCACAUCCCUCCACUGUGGAAUUCCAUCACUACUACUCCCACUGGCUUCCACAGCAGUCAAGAGAAGAACUGUUUAAGUCAUCUGAGUCGUCCUCUGAUGGUACAAAGCCUGCAGUUUCCUUCACUGCUGUGGUGAAGGCAGCAUACAGACAAGGCACUGAGCGUUUGCUUCAAGACGACUUCAAGAAGAGUGUUGAGGAAGGUCUAGCUGCACUGGACUUAUCGGAGUUCCCAGUGGUGGUCAAGCAAGUCCUUCUUUACAUCAAAACCUCUGUUGACAAUUUCAGCACCUUUUCCAAAGAGAGUGGUGUGGCAGUGCUCAGUGCCCUCAUGGAAGUGCUCCAAGCUUUAGUGAGCAAACUUCAGAGUACAGAGCAGCCAGUCGAACCCAUGGCCACAGACUCCCAGGAGGGCUCAGACCUCUUCCUGGAUGUUAACGCAGCACCUGGGGGAGAGGCCAACAAAGACCAGGUCCUGCUUGCAGUACUCGGCUCCAUCUUUAAGCACCCCACACUGGAGCAGUGGUUCCUGGCGCGAGAGCUGGGCACGUUUCCUCCUCACUCUCUGAACCCCGUCAGACUGAAGCAUCUGUGCUCACAGCUCGGUGACGACACCCUGACCCUGCUGCAGUGUAGCGCCCCGCUCCUCAGAGACCUGGGCAGCCUGCAUCUCCUCGCCAGCUACCUGGCGGCCAUCGAGAAGGGGGUGCUGAGGGAACUGGGGGAGGCGAGCAAGGGGAGAGUCCCGAAGGCUGAGUCCCUCCCGGUGAGAGGGCUGCUGGCUCUGCAUGAGUUCAUGGACAAGGCCGGCCUGGAGGCGGCGAUCUCCGCCAUGCUGCUGCUCCCCCAGGAGAGCCUGACCACGGCUCAAGGUGAGGACGCCCCCACGGAGCUCAGCACCUACGGCCGCUCCGUCCUCCAGGUGCUGACGGAGAGCAGCGGCCAGCCCUCGCGGGACCGGGCCCUGCUCCUGUCCCAGGCUCACCUCCGCGGCCUGGCCACCCUCCUUAUGUCCUGCUCCAGCGCCCCGCUGGAGGACUUCCUGCUCCAGGCCCUGCGGGGCGAGCCGGCCGGCGCCAGGCUGCUCCAGACCGAGGUGCUGCUGCACUGCCUUCAGAGGCCCCGCCCCUCCAGCCAGGCCAUUGGCUGCCUGAUGCUGCAGAACUGCUCCACCCAUCGGCUGCAGUUUGAGCUCUGGUCCCUGGAGCCCUCCAACCUGGAGCGGGUCUCAGAGGACCUGGAGGCUUACCUCCCCCUACUGGACACCUACCUGAAAACAGCAAGCAGAGACGACCACGCCAGGCCACCAGAGGUGCAAACGGCAGUGCUGAAGGUGCUGAAGCAGGCCUUGCUGAGCAGGCUGAGCAGCUCUGUCCUGCAGGGGGCAGCAGAGGACUCUCUUCCUCAGCAGGUGGAUGCCCUGUCCAGUCUGAUCGCUCUGGCAGCGAGGGCAAAAGAUGUCACGGAGCUCACAGACCGCCUACCUGCACUCCUGCAAAAAGUGGAUGGCUUUGAAAGGUGGCAGCUGGUGGACUCCAUCAGUGACAAGCUUGCUGACUCUCCUGAAGAGCUGGCCGCAUGGAGGAAGUCUCUGCUCAAUGCUGCCCUCCGCUGGCUGAUCACUGCCUACAGCAGCUGCAAGGAGCAGGAGCAAGCAGCACAACAGAAAGAGGAGAGCAUGUUGCAGAGGUUGCGAGGACUGCUGACUUCUCCAGAGCUUGUUGCCACACCAGACUGGAACAGUUUUGUGAAGACUGGGCUGAAGUAUCGCUACGGAGACAAGGCCUUCCUGGAGACCCUGAACAGCCUGCUGGAGUUGAUGUACAGCGGGGCUGAUGCCCCCAAAGACCUGCUGCCCUUGUCUAUGAUUCACAUGAUGACCACCAGUCACUCGCUGUUCCUACCCUCCAUGCUGACUAUGCAGGAGGAGCACGGAGAAGGGCCUCAAUCAAAGGAAGCCCUGGUGUCUCUCCUGCUUAACCUGGUGAAGAAAUGCCCCACCGUCUGUAACAGUAACCACUUUGUGGUUCUUCUGGGUGCUUAUGGAGCUACCAUGAGUACAACAGAUCAGAAACUGCUGCUGCUCCUGCAUGAGUAUGAAAGAAACAACAUCAGCUUGGCAGAGUUUCAGUCUCUGCUGUGGGGCCCAGCUGCAGUGGAGCACCACAAGGCCUGUAAAAGCCUGGGGAAAUCCUUAUGGCAGCAGCCCAGCUCUGAGGACCUGCUAGCCCUGCUGAAUGCAGACAGAAUGCUGAACACCGUGCUACACUUCCCCCAGCAGCGCCGCAUUAUCCCUCAGGAGGCGAAAGAGCUGCUGUACAGAGAGGAGGGGGGUGUUGAGCUGGGGACUCUGUACGACCCAUGCUUCCUCCUGCCCCUCUUCAGUGCCCUGCUGAGGCCAGAGUCUGUGGUCGACUGCUACAAGUUUGUGUCUAGCCAUGCCCUCGGGGUCACGGUGGUGGCCCUGAGCAGCUAUGACCCCAAGGUCCGAGCUGCAGCCUACCAAGUGCUGGGGUCUUUCUACCAUCACCUGGAGGGAGCGCGCUUCAGAGAGAAGAGACAGCUGCUGUAUCUGAUGGAUACUGUGAAGAAUGGUAUUCGACAACAGAAUCUCAGGCUCCCCUUCCUGCUGGUUACGUACAUCGCCAAAGUGGCUCAGCAAAUGCUUAGACCUGAGGAGCACAUGUAUAUGAUUGUCAACAAGUUCCUUUUGGCCCAUCAGUAUCUGGACCUGAAAAAAGUCCCUGAAUUCUUCAAACUCUUCUACAGCUUUGAUUUGGAGCACAAAUUGGAGCGAGAGUGGAUUCUGGAUGUGCUGAAGGAGGGGCUGGCGGACAGGCACUGCUACGAGCUGUGCGAUCGGCAGGGCAUAUUCCAGAUACUGCUGAGUUUCUAUGGCAGUCCGCUGUGUGAUGAGUCCACCCAGGCUCACAUCAUGGAAGUAUUACGCCAGGCAGCCCGUGUAACAAAAGCUGCUUAUGAGCUCAUUAAGGUUCACGGCCUUCUAACCUGGAUACUACAGGUGGUGGAGAGGAGAUGCCUCGAGAACCGGGUUCUGUGUGGCGUGAUCAACCUGGUCCACGCACUCUGGUUCACGAACCUGGGGCAGAAGGAGAGCGGAGAGGCAGCGAGCACCCCCGCAGCUGAAGGCCAGGCCCAGGGUUCGACUAAGUGCCUCCCACUGCCACUCAUCAACGAGUUCCUGUGUGUGCUGUCAGCAUUCGUCAGGCACCUGCAGGCGGGAGUGAAGGCCCCCGAGUUUGCCCUGUUCCUGCAGACGCUCAGCUCGGUUCUGAAGCACCACGGGACAGCGCUAGCCAUGCACGGCCAGCUGGGUCGCAUCGCCGUGCGAGAGCAGACUCUGUCCAGCGCCGAGACGCUGGCACUGCUGCAGCGCUGGAGCCUGCUCUCCCAUGAUGCUCCGCUGCUGGCGGCACUGCAGAGCGUGGCAGAGAAGCACAGAGUCAAGGAGCUGUUUUGGGGCGUGAAGGAAAAAGGCAAGGGGAGAAGCUGGGCCCGCCGCACACGUGCAGAGGGGCAGCCUGACGAUCUGGAGGGGGAGGAAGAGCGGCAGGCGCAGGCCACACUAGCGGAGAGCAAAUCACACCUCAGGAACAUCCUCACACACUGGGAACCCCCCCUCCCUCCUUCCUGCCACGCCCCCGUCUCUCAGGGUGACCCCCAGGACAGCAGCGCACUCGUUGCCACCACCGCCCACCUGCUGGUCAAAUGGACACUGAGCUCCCUGGUGGCAGCGCCUCACGAUGCCCCAGGCACGCUGUCUUUCCUGCGGUGGGUCCAGACGAACGUUCUCCCGCACAGAGACGCGGUGGACGCUCUGCUCGCCGACGCUGCUGCGAAGCAGGACUUCCUGAGGCUGUACCACCGGGUGUGCGAGUCCGGGAGCGCAGCUGGGGCUGAGACACUUGAGCUGUUCACCACCGUCAUGCUGCACCUGCUGGAGGCUCAGGACAGCUCCAGAGGAGGGCUGCACCAGGCCGUGCUCACAGCCUGCCUGGCUGCACCUCAGGAGGAGAGCUCCAGGAGAGGAGCCGGACUGCAGCUGCUGUCUUUGUACAUCCACGAACUGUGGAGUGGAGCAGCGUCACCGGAACUCUUCCUGGCCCACAUCAGGCUGGUCACAGGGGCCCAGGGGAAGGGACAGAAGAAGACCAAGCGCAGUGUGACACAGGCAGCGGUGACGGACGUCUGCAGAGACAUUUCCUCAGCUGUAGAGGCCGUGUCAUCGUGAUGUGUCAUAAACGUCUUCUCAAGCGUUCUCGGAAUUCGACAGCUUCCGGAAAGAACAAAAGACUUUAAUAUUAAAUUUUUGUGUAUUUGUAUUGAUGCAAUUUUUAAUCAUGUAAA